ACCGUGGUAGGCCUGUACCAGAAGUCUUCCCUUAAGCUCCUUGCUUUGCUCUUCUCCAGCUUUUCUACUUCAGAAGCAGCUUCAGGCGGUAAGUCAGGGAGUAAGAAGAAGGGCUCCUCCUUCCAGACCGUCUCGGCGUUGUUCAGGGAAAAUCUGACCAAACUGAUGACCAACUUGAAGACCACCCACCCACACUUUGUCCGCUGCCUCAUCCCAAAUGAGACCAAGACUCCAGGGGAGAUGGACAAUCAUCUUGUCAUCCAUCAGCUGCGCUGCAAUGGCGUCUUGGAGGGGAUCCGAAUUUGCCGAAAGGGAUUUCCCAGUCGAGUC